GCCUCCAAGGCUAGUCCCGCACCGCAAACCGGCGCACGGACAAUGAUUCCUCCACUCAAAAUCCAGGGCCCACUCAUGCACCGGAUUCGGAGCUGAUGAGGGCUGUCUUCCAGUUUGAUUUGGGGAAUUGGCCUCCCUCGGUGUGACCCGAGCUGGAUGCCAAAAGCAAUCCAAAACUUUCUGUUCUUCCCUUCUCCCUUCGCGAGGUUGAAGGUGAAAGGUGACUCACCUUGGGCGACCAUCUCCUCUUCAUACCCAUCUUGACGUCAACUCAAUCACGAGUCGAGCUUGAAGUCCCAUCUCUUUUCCCAGCAGACGGGCCUCCGGCCUCGCAAUUGAACGUCGAGGAUGGCCUCUCGCAGCCUCUUCGCCUCUUCGCCCGCAUGGCGCAGGAUAGCGACCCAGACUCGGGAAGCUCCUCGCCUGGCGCCAUCUAUUAGCGCUCGUUAUAGCAGCUCAACCUCAGCAAUCGCCUACAAGGCGAUCCGCCGGCGGCAAGCCCCUCUUCCCGUCGAACAACCGCCUUCGUGGUCUGCGCAGGCAGCCGUCUCCAACAUCCUUUACGAAACCCCUACUCCGUCCGCAGUCCCCCCCAAGCGGCACGUCCUCAAUUGCCUCGUGCAGAACGAGCCCGGUGUUCUGUCGCGCGUAUCCGGCAUCCUGGCCGCCCGCGGCUUCAAUAUUGAUUCACUGGUGGUGUGCAGCACCGAAGUGGAGGAUCUCUCGCGCAUGACCAUUGUGCUCACAGGCCAGGAUGGCGUCGUCGAGCAGGCGCGCCGGCAGCUGGAGGACCUCGUCCCUGUGUGGGCUGUCCUGGACUACACCAAUGCCCCGCUCGUCCAGCGUGAGCUGCUCUUGGCCAAGAUCAACAUCCUGGGCCCCGAGUACUUCGAGGAGCUGCUUGCUCACCACCGCGAGAUGACGGCCGAGGACGCCAGUGCCGAGAAAGUCCAGGAGCCCAGCGAGUCCAGCCUCGCAGAGACGGCCAAGGAUUUCCACCCCAGCCGGCUGGUCGCAAGCGAGGCCCUCCGCCACAAGCACGAACACUUGAAGAGCAUCACCUACUUCACUCACCAGUUCGGCGGAAAGGUUCUAGAUAUCAGCACUAACAGCUGCAUUGUCGAGGUGUCCGCGAAACCAUCGAGGAUAGACUCGUUCCUGAAACUUAUCGCUCCCUUUGGCAUUCUCGAAUCUGCACGCACCGGGCUUAUGGCACUGCCUCGCUCCCCUCUCUACGGACCCGACGAUGAUACCCCUGUAAAGGAGGCGGACGAGGUUGUCGAUGCCAGCCAACUGCCCCCUGGCUAAAUGUACUGUCUCUCAUGGGAAGAUGGGAAGUUGCAUGCAUCGAUCUUUUAAGGGCCCCUCUGCAUGUGAAAUAAGAAUGGAUCCAUUGAUCGUGACCCAGUUCCGCAAAAC